CGGUUCCCGCCGGGCGCGGGGAGCGGUGCCAAGAUGGCGGCGCCCAUCAGCCGGGGCGGCCCCGAGCCCGGCGCGGCUCCGUACGGGAACUUCCCGAACUAUUCCCGCUUCCACCCGCCCGAGGGCCGCAUCAGCCUCCUGCCCCAAGGGCUCCUGCGCAGCCUCUUCCCCGCGGCCACCCGCCCGCUGCUCGGGCUCGAUGUGGGCUGCAACUCCGGGGAGCUCAGCGUGGCUCUGUACCAGCACCUGCUGGGGCUCCAGGACAGCAGUUCCAGCCCGGAGCCACCAGGAGCCGACAAGGAGCUGAAGCUGCUGUGCUGUGACAUCGACCCCGAGCUGAUCCGGAGGGCCCAGCAGAGCAGCCCCUUCCCUGCCUCCAUCUCCUUUGCCAGCCUGGACAUCAUGGACCCGGGGGCCAGGGAGCCCUUCCUGAGCUCCUUCCUGCAGCGCUUCGGCCGCUCCUCCUUCGACAUCGGCUUCUGCAUGUCCGUGACCAUGUGGAUCCACCUGAACCACGGCGACCGGGGCCUGCUGGACUUCCUGGCCCUGCUGGCCUCGCUCUGCACCUUCCUGCUGGUGGAGCCCCAGCCCUGGAGGUGCUACCGGGCGGCCGCGCGCCGGCUGCGCAGGCUGGGCCGCCGCGACUUCGAGCACUUCCGGUCGCUGCGGAUCAACGGGGACAUGGCCGAGAGCGUCACCCGCAUCCUGACCCAGGAGUGCGCCAUGGAGCUCGUCCGCUCCUUCGGCAGCACCUCCUGGGACAGGAGCCUGCUGCUCUUCAGGUCCACGGCUGCCCGUGCCCAGGGCUCUGACUGAGGAGCUGCGGGGCAGAGCUGGGAAAUCCCAAAUUGUCGGUUUCUCGGCUGUUUGGGUGACCUGGAAAGGCCCAGGGGGGCCUUGGACAGCCCGGCGCUUCAAAGGACGAGGAGAGACUUCUGAUCUUUUCUCGGUCUCGGUGUUUAUUAAUUGUUUAUCUAAAAGAUUUUCUUUCAGCCCGACAGAGGUCUGCACAGCAAGUCAGCCAUGGGCACACUGCGAGCCCCCGGGGCGGUCACUUAUCUUUAUACUCGAAGUUACGUAUACAAUAUUUAUCAUUUUUCCCCAAUACCUUCUACCCUUAUUAACCGGUGCACUUCUAGUAAUAACCAAUCCCAAAGUGCCACCAUCACCACAGAAGAUGGAGGCCAAGAAGAAGAAGAAGAAGAACAGGACACGCCCCAAUUCCUCUAUCUUACUUCUUUAGACCCCCCUGUACAGAAAUCCUAAACCCUGUGUUUUACACUCUAAUUAACUUAUCCCUUCACCAUUCACCCCAGUGAAAUCCUCCCAUCCUCAUACAGGUGUCGUCUCCUGUGUAGGAUCAAAGUCCUGCCACCAGACACUUCUGGCAACGUUCCAGGACUCCCGAGCCCCCCAAGGGUGGUCUCGGCUACUCUGCACAUCAGUCCUGAGGUGCUGAGAUCCCACACCAAAUCCCUGCUGAGACUGCACCUUGGCUUCCUGUGGGAAUCUGGGCCAAGGAAUGUCUGGGAGUGAAUUUUUGGGAUGGUUGGUUAAGAAAGCGCCAUUUGAUAAACAGAUCUCCACAACACAUUCCACAUGGAGCAGCCUGGGAGAGUGGAAGGUGUCCCUGGGGAUGGCAUGGGAUGGAUUUUAAGGUCCCUUCCCAUCCAAACCGUUCCAUAUGUUCACAACAGCGGGUGCAGCGGGUGGAGAUAAGAGUUGUUUCUCAUUCUUAUCUUCUCACAGCCUUCCCCAGAGCCGUGCCUGGCAAGGUUGUGCCUCUCUCUGUGGCCACAGAGCUGCUGCCACAUGGGGGAUCCACUCCAGGUGCUCAGGGAGCACCAAUUUUGUGGGGUGGGAGGUUGUUCAAGGAAGUGUUCCUGGAAUCCAAGUUCCUAUAUAUGCUUUCCACUUGUAUCAAGAAUAUUCCCUGGGAUUCCAGUCCCUCAGAGGCAUGCCCUGGAUCCAGGUGUGGCCUCACCUGGCCCAGCCAAGGUGAAUUAUUGAUCCCACCUGAAACCCACCCUGCCAGACAGUGCUGCUGUUCCUGGAAUGCCAGGGAACAGGCCCUAGGGAAUGUAGAAUGUCCUGACUGGAGCAGCCUCACAAGGAUCCUCCAGUCCAGCUCCUGGCCCUGCACAGGACAUCGCAAAAAAAAUCCUAAAAUCCCGAUGCCCAAGUUAUCCAGACAUUGCCAGACCUCCAGAAUCAUGGAAUAUCCAGAGCUGAAGGGGACCUGUGAGGAUCUCAGAGUCAUGGAACAUCCAGAGUUGGAAGGGACCCACCUGGAUCAUCAACUCCAACUCCUGGCCCCGCACAGGACAUCCCAGAAUCCCACCCAGUGCCUGAGAGUGUUGUCCAAGCACUCCCUGACCUCCAGAAUUAUGGAAUAAUCAGAGUUGGAAGAGACCCACAAGGAUCACAGAGUCAUGGAGUACCCUGAGUUGGAAGGGACCAACCCAAAACUCCCCCUGAUCCCAAAAUCCCAGCACUCUGAGCUCUGCUUUCCUGGGGCUGUCAUCAUUCCCUGGGGACCUGUUCCCCUCUGGACGAGGAACAUUUCCCAAAAUGCACCCAAAGCUCCCCCAGGGCUGGGCUGAGGCACCUGCAGGACAAUCCCCAAUCCCCUCCCUGGCCCCAGCAGCCCUGGCUGAACUCUCCAGGACAGGGGUUCAUCCCUAACAGUGAGUGCUCUUGGGAAUGAUAUCCUGGAAUAAAAAUCACUGAAUUUUAUCCCAAAA